UCAGACAUUCCUUCUUCCUUCUUUCCGACCUUCUGCUUCAUCUCAUCUCACGAGAAUCACUACCCAAUCUCUGCAAUUUCUCGGUCUCUCGUUCCAAGAGCUCUUUUAUCUCGUAACGGUUUCGGGUCCGAAUCGGUUUUGCUGGAGAGUAUCGGAGUCGGUUUUCGUCCGCAGCUCGUUUCGGUUCCGCUCCCGACUUGUCGGGAGAAGCUGAUGAGAGGAGAUCGGAGCGGGAUUUCUCUCGAAUCUUCUGGAAAUGGCGAAGCGCGGGUAUAAGCUACAGGAAUUUGUAGCUCAUGCAUCCAACGUCAAAUGUCUAAAGAUCGGGACGAAGUCAGGUAGACUUCUUGUUACCGGUGGAGAAGAUCACAAGGUUAAUCUGUGGGCGAUUGGAAAGCCAAAUUCUUUGCUGAGCCUCUCUGGUCACACAAGUCCCGUUGAAUCUGUAACUAUUGAUUCAGCAGAGGUUUUGGUGCUUUCAGGAGCUUUCAGUGGUGCAAUAAAGCUUUGGGAUUUGGAAGAGGCAAAGGUUGUCCGCACUAUUACUGGACACAGAACAAACUGUACUGCUGUCGAAUUUCAUCCAUUUGGUGAGUUCUUUGCAUCUGGUUCUUCUGAUACUAACCUUAAGAUCUGGGAUAUUAGAAAGAAGGGAUGCAUUCACACAUAUAAAGGCCAUACUCGAGGAAUUAGUACCAUCAGGUUCACUCCUGAUGGUCGCUGGGUUGUUACUGGUGGAGAAGACAAUGUUGUAAAGUUAUGGGAUCUGACUGCUGGCAAGCUUUUGCAUGAAUUCAAAUUCCAUGGAGGACGCAUUCGGUCCAUAGAUUUUCAUCCCCAUGAGUUCCUCCUAGCAACAGGAUCUGCAGACAGAACUGUAAAAUUCUGGGAUCUAGAAACCUUUGAGUUGAUUGGAUCUUCCAAACCGGAGGCCACUGGAGUCCGCGCUAUGACCUUUCACCCUGAUGGAAGAACUCUAUUCUGUGGAUUGGAUGAGACUUUAAAGGUUUUCUCAUGGGAGCCUAUCAGAUGUCAUGAUGCUGUUGAUAUGGGGUGGUCUACUUUGGGUGAUCUCCGUAUUCACCAGGGAAAACUUAUGGGUUGCUCUUACCAUCAAAACUCUGUUGGAGUGUGGGUUGUAGAUGUUUCGCUCAUUGGUCCAUAUGCAGCUGGUGUCAUGUCCAGGUCAAAUGGACAUACAGAUCCUAAAUAUGAUCUCGGGCUAAAUCAGUCUGUACAGCAACAGGGAAGCAGUGUAACUUCUCAUACAGCAUUGCUUACUGCAGCACGAGAUUUUGAUACCAAAGAGACACUAAGAAGAAGCUUAAGCCAAAACUCUAUCGAAAGCAAUUGUAGUGCUCCAAGAAAAAUCGAGCCAGUUUAUGACACAAAGGAAAUCUUGUCGUCUUCAACUACGUUUAAUUUCAGAGGGACUAAUCCGCCAGCUCUAAAGAAGAAUCCCAUGAUAGACCUGCAUGCAAGAAGUGGUAGCCAAGCAAUAAGUAGACCUGUUGUGGUCCCUAGAAACAGUUCAAUGGUGGAAAACGCGACUGUUGUGAGAAAAGAAAUUCCCACUGCUGAAUCCACGCCUCCUGUUAUGGUAUUUUCCAAGCCAACUCAUUUGCGGAAGCAUUCGAAUGUCAAAGAUGAUAUGGAUAGGCAGUUGAUUGCAAGUGAAUCUUUAUCAUUGAGUGGCAAGACCAAUGGUCUAGACAGCGGGAUUGAUCAUAACUUCCAGUUUAGGUUCAUUGCCAACGCCGAAGCUACAGAAUCUAGUGAAAGCAACCAUACCAAUAUCAGGAGUACUGCAGAGAAGUUUCAAAGGAUUGUAUCCCUGGACCCACCUUCAACCCCUUGCUGUGAAAAUGAUGCUGAUUCACUUGAUUCGAGCAGAGUGGGUUCUGUGAAAUAUGUUAAAGGAGUUGCAGUUGAACUAGGAAGAACACGGUCUCUUGUCGAGAGAUGGGAAAGGAGGGAAAGAAGUACUAGCAGUGAAGCACCAGCAAUCAGUGCUUCCUCUGAUGCAAUGCCCGAAACUGAUACAUUGCCUUCUGUGAUGAAAGGACAGCCUCAAACAUCACAAAUGGACUUGGUUUCUGCAAAUGAUGAGGAUGCAGCUGAAAACAUAAUGCAAAAUCAUGAUUUAUUCCUAAGCGUUCUACAAUCCCGCCUUACAAAAUUACAGGUGGUUCGGCAGUUUUGGGAACGGAAUGAUAUCAAGGGUGCCAUCAAUGCAGUGGGAAGGUUGCCUGACCAUUCUGUUCAGGCUGAUGUGGUCAGUAUUCUCUUGGAUAAAGCUGAAAUUGUUACCCUCGAUCUCUUCUCUUGCUUGCUCCCCCUACUUGCAGGCUUACUGGAUAGCAAGGUCGGCAGGCACAUGAAUGUCUCCUUGGAAUUGCUAUUGAAACUCAUGAGAAUCUUUGGACCGGUUAUCCAUUCGGUCAUGUCAUCGUCUUCACCUAUAGGGGUUGAUCUUCAAGCAGAGCAGAGGCGUGAUCGCUGCAACCAGUGCUAUAUUCAUUUGCAAAAGAUUAAACAAGUCCUUCCUUCACUUAUUAGGAGGGGAGGGUUGCUGGCAAAAUCUGCUUUGGAAUUGAAUCUAGCCAUUCAAGAAUUAUGACCGACUGAUGAGGCCAAAGCUGCUUCUUAUUUAGGAGCAUUUGGGCAACUUCUUAUUACACCUUAUAGAUUCCUGACCCAUACAAUGCAACCCUUGCUAUGGUGAAAUAUGGUUGUACGAAUCUUUUACAUCGAAAGCUCGUUAUACUUAAGGCACUCGGGGUUGUAAAAUAGCUAAGACUGCGUUUGGUUGCACCAAAUAUCAUAACAUUUCAUGAUAUUUUGCACCAAUAUUUCAUGAUAUUUGGUGCAACCAAACGCAGCUUAAUAUAGUACAUUUUGCUCCCAUUCUUCCUGCGUUUCCUGCGUUUGGUUAGUAAACACUGAAGCUUCGAGAUCUUUGAAGACAGUAUCACAAACCAAGAUGAGUUUUUUUUAUUUUUUUUUGUUUUUUCCCGUUCUUUCUUGUCUUAUUUUUAUUAUUUGAUUCCAGAGGCUGCUGUAUUGUGAAUUCUUGUUGUCUCAUCAUUCUUAAUGUGGGUCCCACUGCACAUUAUCUCUGGGACGGUUGUAUUGUAUGUAUGUGAAUCUGUUGGAUGUUGUUGCUUGCUGUACUUUUUGGUGUCUCUCCUAUAAUAAAAUAUAGUUUUGAAGUC